AUUUAACGCGCGUAACUUGACAGUAGUAGUGAGAGUACGACUGAAAUAAACCACUUGCGCACACAUAACAGUUCAUCGUUGGAAUUGCAUAUACAACAAAAAAAGUCAUUUCAUUUUUUUCGUGUUGUAUUUACUGCCAAAAGUUGGUGAAAUCACAAAUAUGGAACAAAAUCUAAGCUUAUACGAGGACAAACUACAGUUUUACUUGGUUUAUUUGCCCGAAGAGAGUCAAUUGUCAUCGCAUAUGCAAUUUGCCCGUGAGAAACUCGAAGAAAAUGUGAAAGAAACCAACAUAAAGGAGGUAACGCCAGCCGAAUGCUUGGAUUUGUCGAGCAAUUUUACGAAAAAACACAUCGUUGUCUUCGAUAGCUUUGAUGGUGACUGCUUUGAGUCGAUGAAAAAUACACAAGCACUAAUUCUCGGACCAAGAUGUGUUAUAAGUUGUCUAAUGGAUAAUGUGACAUUGCCAGAUAUCGACUCGCCAAUGUUCAAUUUAGCGAUGCGUGACUUGAUUGUAUGUUUGUCGUCGUUUGAUGUUCAAGAGAAGACAAGACUGAAGAGACUGGUUGGAUUCAUGGGUGGGCGAUGCAUCGAUCAAUUAGCCGAAGCAGUUACACAUUUGGUAACCGACAGCAUUCGGACGAAAAAAUACGAGCAUGCCACCAACUAUCCACAUAUGAAAAUAAUGAAAGCUGCUUGGGUGAAUGAAGUAUGGAAGGAGAGUUCAAAAGACAAUAUAUUGGCCACGAAUCGAAAGUUUGAAAUCUAUAAAGUGCCAAUAUUUUACAAACUAAGAGUAACAACGACUGGCCUAACGCGAAGAGAGAAAGAAAAAGUCGAAGAAAUCAUCACAAAAGAAGGCGGUCACUAUUUUGGUGAGUUUAGUUCGGGAAACAUUGAUGUUGUUAUUGCCAAACGGAAUGCAGCCGAAACGGCCAAAUUAAAAGCGGCACUUAAUGCACGAAAAGAUUGUCUAUGUGUCGAAUGGAUUCACGAUAGUGUAAAAAAGGGUUCAGCGUUAUCCAUUGAAGAGUAUCGAAUCGAUUUGCAAGCAAAAAAGCAUACGUCCACGCCAGAGAAACGGCCAAGCGGUAAUUUUGAUAAUACACAAGCGACUGGUAUCGAUAUUUCAAACAUCAAUUUUGCCGGAACGAUUAACGACUCGGCCAUGUCAAAUUUGAGCAUCUCAACGGAUUCGAGCAUAAUGUACCGCAAACGAAAGAGCAACGAUGCUGCGAAUGAGAACAAAGAUCUCUCAUACAAAGUCGCAUACGAAAAGUUGAAUCUACAGGAUGCCAAACGAGCCGGCAGUUUUCUUGACGGAUGCAAUGUGUUUAUGUGUGGGUUCACGAAGGAAGAAUGCGACAAAAUCAAUAAAAUACUGAAUUUUGGUGGUGCUACACGUUUUGAUACCAUUAAUUCGAAUGUAAGCCACAUUUUGAUCGGAAGCCCGUCGAAAAAAGAUAUUUCAAUGUUGUUGGCGGUUCGUUAUGAUGCAGUCACAGUAAAAUUGGAGUGGCUUGUGGAGAGUAUCGCCCAGAAGACAGCUGUCGAUGGUGAAGCGUUCAAGUACAGACUGAAUAAUGGAAAGACGAACGUUGACGACGAACAGGCAGCGGCACCAUCGCCGGCGAGCAAACGAAAUAUAUUGCUGAUGAGCGGUCAAACAUCGAAACAAGGAACACCAAAACGAUUGAAUUUCGAUGGCAACUCAUCGAUGGCAAAAAAUCAAUCGCCGAACGAGCAAUCGACAUUGAAAUCACAAGACAGACUUUUGGCCAGGGCAGAAGAUGACAUUAUCGAUCAAUAUUUGAAAGCGCCACCGGCAAAAGAGCCAGUCGUACCGGCACAGUCGCCUGAGCCAGUGGCAGGUCCAAGCAGAAUGGCAAAUGAUGUAUUCAAAAAACCAGCUCAACCACAACAACAAGUACAGUCGAAUGUCAGCGAGUGUACAGAUUUCGAUUCCGAAUCCGAUUUCAGUGUAUCAACGAACAAUCAAGUAAUGUUUUUGGCAAAUUUAAAGAUUUUCAUUCGCGGAUUUGAUACCGAAAGUCAUGAGUCAUUGGUGGAAGACUGUCGAAUUGCCGGGGCCGAUGUUAUCGAAGAUGACAACUACAAGGGAACGGUCGAUUUUCUCAUUUUGCCAGUCGAUGCGAUUUCAAUGGACGGUGUCACUGUCAAAGCUAGGAAUAUUGUCAAUCACAACUGGCUGAUUAAUGCAAAACGACUGCAUCAAGUGUCUGACAGUGUGAAUGCAGUUGCCGAUCCAUUGCAAACGGUUCCAUACUUUUAUAAGCCGAUCUUUUUCCAAGAGGAAUUGGUACCAUUGGCUCAUAUGGUUAUUGUGUUUAGCUUGUAUUCAAGCGAUGAACGCACAUUUCUAUUUCAAUUGGCUCAAAUUCUUGGCGCCGAAGUAAUGGAGUCAUUCGUUCGUGCGAAUAAACCGUUACUUAUUUGCCCCGAAGGACGGAGCUCGAAGUAUGAUGCAGCCAUUCGAUGGAGACUACCGGUGGUCAAUAAAACGUGGCUACUCGAAUGCUAUGCAGCAAAAAAGCGUCUGCCACUUCGUAAUUUUCUAGUUGGCGAUGCAAUUGCACCAAUUGAUGACGUCGAUGAGGAUGAUGAAAUAUUAUGUUCGCAAUCAGUGGUUCUGCCUGAAUCGGGCAAAGAUGCUCCGCCAUCGAUUCAAAAUCGACGAGUGGAACAACUUCGAGGUGCACCGAAUUCGAAGCAAUCGACUCCGUCAUCACCAUUAAUUCCGACAUUCAAUCGGGAGGUGUUGAAUGAAUUGGAUACACCAACACGAAAUUCAAUUUUGCAGCGCUUCAAGGAAAUGGAAGAAGAGACGCCACAAACAAAGCGACGACGUUACGAUAAAUCUGGCAUCAAAUCACCAGAAGAGGCAACUACACCGUAUUGGAUCGAAUACAAGCGAGCCCAAUUAGAAGAGCGACGUACACGUCAUGCACCGACCCAAGAACAAAUCGACAAGAUUCAAAAUAAAACUCCAUGGUCGGAAGUAAAGAGAAGUCUAUGGAAGGCAGCGCUGGGUGAUGAAUACGAGAGUCCAAGUCAAUGUUACAGCAUGAAUAUGCAACAAGAUAUAUCACACAUCAACGAUUCGCGUCCAACUGGCAGAACACUAACGUAUGAGCCAUCAGCUGAUACCGAAACUGACAAAAACAUUCAAGCGCUAGCUGAUUUCAUUAAACAAAGUAAACAAACAAAAGACGAACCAGUUCAAUAUGUCGACUUGCCCAACACAGCACCACCGGAGUCAGAAAUGAUUGCAUCGGAACAGCAUGAGGUAAUUGGAUGGCGUGAUCCAAGUGAGGUGGUUGAAGACACGCCAAAACGUAAUUCACGGCCAAAAACACCAUGUUUCAUUAUUUCAUGUAUUAGUGAUGAUCUCAAAAACAAAAUGGUCAAACAAAUUCUGUCACUCGGUGGUAAAAUUUGUGAGAAUCUAUCCAAAUAUGAUAGUACAUGUACGCAUUUUGUGUGCGAAAAACCGAGUCGCAGUGAAAAAAUGUUGAGCUGUGUGGCAGCCGGAAAAUGGGUGCUCAGUAUAAUUUAUAUUCAGAAGAGCUACGAUGCAAAUCGUUUCCUCAAUGAGGAAGAGUAUGAAUGGGGCAAUCCAAAAGCGACCGAAUUGCCACCAGUCGAAGGAAGUGAUUUGAAUAUUGUGAGGGCAGCACAUCGAUGGCGUAAGAAGAUUCAAUUAAUUGUGAUGCCAUCGUCAAAGGGGAUUUUCAAAGAUUUUCGUGUCAUUUUGAAGACGGCCAAAAAUGAGAGUAUACGCACACUCAUUGAGGCCGGACGUGGACAAGUCGUUGAAACAAAACAAAAUUUAACUCUGGAUAAACAAAUGGAUUUAUUGGCAAACGUAACGCAUGUCAUUUGUCAAGCGAGUCAUGCAAACUUCACGGCCAAUGAAUUUGAGGCUUUGCAUCAAUCAAAUGUCAAGUGUAUCAACAUGAAUUACUUGCAACAUUUAAUAGUAAACGAAAAAAAACCCGAUGUCAACGACUAUUUAAUCAAAAACAAAGCAUAAUUUUCAUCAUUUUUUUUUUUUAAUAAUUUUCAUGUUUACAUU